CCUUGCCCAGUGCUCUUGGGAAGCAGAAUGGGGCCCAGAGGCAUUGCUCAAAGGCCAAGGCUUGAGUCAAUGACAGAAGUGCCUGCGUGUGGCAAAAGGAAGGUCUGGCCUAAGAAAGGUCUGUCAACCUGAAUUAUCCAUUUGGGACUUGGCAGGAAGGAUGGGACGAAUGGAGGCCUUCUCUAGCUCAAUCCCACAGCAACAGACAGGAAACCUCAGCUUCCUUGGGAAUCCAAGGUCAGCAUCAGUGCCAAGGGGAAGCCGCAGAGUACCUCUCUGAGCUGCAGCAAAACCCACCUGCCUGCCUCAGGCAGGAACCCCGGGGGCUGAAGCCACUGCCAUUCCGUCCUCCUUCUGCUCCUUCCCACAACCUGACUGAGAACCUCAGGCCACACAGCUCAGGAGCUGGAGGACCUUCAGAUAGCCCCUAAGCUACACCCUAAGAUGACCCUUGAGCAGAAGGGCCUCAGUUUCCCCAGAUUCAAGUCCAGCUUUUUUAAAAGUACAAACUGGUUACCCAGCAGACACCCCACCACUGCCAACCCACACCAAGUCUGGGGCAGGAGAGUUUACGUUGCUGUGUGUGAGCUGUCUCAGAGGCCUGGGGUCUUCUGGCUGACCCUGGCUCCCUGAGAAGGUUUGGCCAGGGCUCCUGAGAAUGUCUGACCCUGGGGAAGGCAGGGAUGGGAGGCGGAGGCGCUAGGAAUGACAGUGCCUCUUGGGUCUGGCUGACACCCCCCACUCCCCAGGCAGAAAGCCCCAAGCAGGUCAAUACCAAGGCCCAGCUCCAGGGGUGCCUCACCUGGCCCCUCACAAUGGUUUCUGCAGCAGUAUGGAUCCCAGCCACCACUAGGACAUGCACUCACUGUCAUCAGGUAGCGGGAGGGCAGGCCAGGGGGCAUCAGGGUAGGAGAAACCAGGCCUGGGGACAAGAAAACCUGAGUCCCUGUCCCAGCACAGCCAGUGACUUGCGGGUGAGUUUGGCCAAGCCCCAGCCUCCUUGGGGCUCAGUUUCCUGUCUCUCAAAGUAGAGAAACAGCAGCCCCCAACCCCUCUGCAUCAUGGCGGGGAACCCUGCCAAGAGCCCUCAGCCAGGAAGACACCUGUGCUAUGACAGCGAUAAAGGCCAAGAAGGAGGAAGUUGAGGACUGCUGACAGCCCCGCCUUCUGUCUGGGAGCUGCUACCUCGACCUCGGGCCCUCCCUCCUCUUGUGGAUUUGCGGGUUGCCCCCUUCCCACGCUGAAGCAUGGUGGUGCAGGACAGCAUGGACACCCCUGGCGUGCCACUGGAGCCCUUCCUGCACCAGGUCGGAGGUCACCUGAGCGUACUAAAGUAUGAUGAGCACACGGUGUGCAAGCCCCUCAUCUCCCAGGAGCAGAGGUUCUACGAGUCCCUGCCACUGGCCAUGAAGCGCUUUACUCCGCAGUACAAAGGCACCAUCACCGUGCACCUCCAGAAAGACAGUCGAGGCCGUCUCAGCCUGGUUGCCAACCCACUGAAGGGGAGCCGGGGGCCCUUCAAGGUCUCCACAGAGUCGACAGCCGUGGCCAUAUGGCAGACCCUCCAGCAGACCACCAGUGGCGGCGGUGCCCUCCCCCUCCCCCAGUGGCAGCACACCCAGCUGGUACACUCACUCAAGGAGAGCCCAGCCACAGCGCUCCUGAGGUCUGAGCUCCCCCUCAAGACCCAAGUCCCCUCCCUGGUAGAGGAUGUGCACGGGAACCAGACAGAGAGGAGAAGCUUUAACCCGUGGGGCCUGCACUGCCACCAGGCCCACCUGAGCCGCCUGUGCACUGAGUACCCUGAGAACAAGAGGCACCGGUUCCUGCUGCUGGAAAACGUCGUGUCACAGUACAAACAUCCCUGCAUCUUAGACCUGAAGAUGGGGACCCGGCAGCACGGGGACGAUGUGUCGGAGGAGAAGAAGGCCCGCCACAUGAGGAAGUGUGCACGGAGCACCUCGGCCUGCCUGGGCGUGCGCAUCUGCGGGAUGCAGAAAGAGAUGCCUGCCGUGUGCUUAGGACGGCUAAUUGUAGCAGCUGAUCUCCAGCCCUCCGAAGGCAACAGCAAGUCUAUGGUUUAUCAAACCGAUAAGAAGCACUUUCUCUUCAAAGACAAGUACUAUGGAAGAAAACUCUCAGUGGAGGGCUUCAGACAAGCCCUUUAUCAGUUCCUGCACAAUGGAACCCGGCUCCGGACGGAGCUGCUAGAGCCCAUCCAGCGCCAGCUCCGGGCCCUCCUCUCAGUCAUUAGGAGCCAGAGUUCAUAUCGGUUCUACUCCAGCUCUCUCCUCAUCAUCUAUGAUGGGCAGGAGACUCUGCAGACGCCUCACGGCAGUAGCGUCGUCAAAGUUGACAUCCGGAUGAUCGACUUUGCUCACACAACAUACAAAGGCUCCUGGAAUGAACACACCACCUACGAUGGACCAGAUCCAGGCUAUAUCUUUGGCCUGGAAAACCUCAUCCAGAUCUUGCAGGAUAUUCAAGAAGGAGAAUGAGACUUGCUGGGCCCAUCCAGAUUUUUCUGGAGGAUAGCUCUCCAAAGGGGCCUGUUGGUAGCUAGGGUAGUCUACAUACCCCUGAGAUGUGUCUGUAAUAAUUAUAUCUACAUUCAAAAGCCAUCUCUAUACAUGGCAGGCUAUACUAACAGCUGCUAAGGAAACCAGCUCUGGAGGUGAUUCACGUACCCUGGCAUCUUGCACUCAUGCCAGUCGUCGUAGGCUGCACAGCAGGAUGAAAUGGUGCCUUUCUGAAGUAAAGGGUGGGGUGCAGAGGAGUUAGAGGCCAGCAUUACAGUGAGAUUCUGGAGUAUUUGCAUCUAAAGAUGCUUUCUUGUUGUCAUGCUGCAGUCUCAGAAGCUGUAAGGCAAAAAAAAAAAAAAACAAACAAAAAACCUUACUUGAGGAAGCCUGGAAGAAAGAGUUCCCUAGUUAUCGUUCUUCUGUUCACAUGGGCUGCUGGCUCCCAGGGCAGACAGAGCUAACGAAUGUCUCUUACCUUCCUCAGAGGCACUGUUGGUGGGGCAGGGUGAACUGGGACAGAUCUGCCCAUCUCACCAGCUUUGUCCCCAGGUUCGGAAUGGACAAGGACAAUCCCAGACACAGUACUGGCAAACCAAGACCCCAGCUUCCCCAUUUUGGCCCUGUGGAGAGGCGGGUCCUAUGGGAAGUGAUGAUUUUGUCAGAUUCUGACCAUGAAAUGCAGCUUCCGGUGGGGGUGAACUGCACGUAAGGAAGAUGUGAACUUCUACUCUCCGCUUUCUAUGUAUUUAUUUAGGGCGUGGGGUGGGGGAGUCAGAAGAGAGGAGCCUGGAGGACCCAGUAAACCAAGCAAUGCAUACGAGACAGGUGGACUAGUGUAAAUACGGAACUGAGAGCAAACGGUUCUAAUUAAUUCCUUCUUCUGCAGCGUGGAAACCUAUUAUAAUGCCCUCGAGUCAAGCGCUGAGAUGCAUUACCCAAUUAGGGAAAUAAAUUUGUUACUAGAAUUGCUGAGAUCACCAGUGAUUAUUUGGUGUGCAUUAUUACCCUUUCUGUUUGUUGAUUCUGAUCAUCAUACUGUAUGGUAAUUCCAAUUUAUGGGUGAUUAAAGUAUACACAGCAAGAACACUUCACCAAUUUCCUGCAAUCCUUCGGGGGAACCUGGGUGAGAAAUGGUGGCUAAUAAAAUAUCUGCGUGUAUCACAAGGCGGGCACCAGACCUAAGAAGUAAGUGGUCCUUUCACGUGAACCUUAUACAGUGCAAAAUGAAACCAUUUUUGUAUUCUCGUAGCUAAUUAUCAUCAACUUUCAAAAAUCCGUACC